AUGGCGGCGGCGGACCUGCAGGAGCUGCGGACGCUGGUGGAGCGGGCGGGCGGCCGGCGGGCAGUACUGCUGGUGGCCGAGGUGGCGGAGGGGGCCCCGGCGCCGCCCGCCCUGGCCGCCUUCGCCCGCGACCUCCUGGACGACGAGGCGCCGCGCGCAGCGCGCCCGGGGCCGGUGCCGGGGUGCCGGGCGCGGCGCUCGCCGGGCGCCGGGGGCCGGGCGCUGGGAGCGCGGCUGCUGCUGGUGCUGUGCGGCGGCGGGGCGGCGCGGGACCGCGGGGCGCGGACUCGCCUGCGGGAGGUGGUGCGGGACGUGCGCGGCCGCCUGCCCGCGGGGCCGCCGCCCGCCGUCGUGGGUGUCCUGCUGCCCGGCGGGGACGGAGAGGACGCGGCGGUGCUGGACGCGGCCCUGCGGCGGCACUUCCCGGCGCCCGGCACGGUGCAGGCGGCCCGGUACAGCCCGGGCAGCCCCGGCGAUUGCCGUGCCGCCGCCUGCCGCGCUCUGCGGGCUGCCCUGCAGCACCCCGCAGAAGACAUGAAAGACAGGGAGAGGUGGAGGCUGCCAUCCUUCCUGCAGUGCAUUUCUUGGAACCAGAGGAGCUGGAGAAAAGAUUACAAAGCAAAAGCUGAAAACAACAUUCAUGAAGAUGACCUGCAGGACCCAGAGGAAGAAGUGGCUCUGGCCAGCCUUUCCCCCAAUGGAACCUGUGAAGAAGCUGCUGGAGGCACAGGCACCUAGAGCUGCUGGGCAUCCAACAGAGUCCACGUCCCAGACCUGCCCAGUGGAUUUGGAGCAAUGGGAGCAGGAGCUGGUGCAGGCCCUCUCUUCCAAGGACCCACAGCUCCAGGGAAAAGCUGCUUGGCUGAACUCAUCAGGGAUUUUUUAGCUGCCACCAGCACAGAGGGUCUGUGCCAGAGAGCCAUUCCCUGCUGCCCAGGGGCACUUGGAGCUGCUGCUGGACACUGGGCUACUGAGAAGCCCUUUGGGAUGAACACCACAUCCUGGGCAAUAUGACUUUGGGACUUUGAGUGUGAAAUGCAGCCACCUGUUUGAAGAAUGAGAAAUGUUUUCUAAUUCUGAGCAAAGUUCCCUGCUGAGGUUGCUGGGGCUGGCCUCCCUUGCAGACUGAUUCUGCUGCCUUGUUUUCCUACUUUAUUGGUGCUUGGAAGUUCCCACCCUCUUUGUGAUCAAAAACCAAAUCAAACCAAAACAGAACAAAAAAAAAAACAAAAAAA